UGGAACAAUACAUGUUUAUAAGUUAGAUGAGAUGAGAAAUAAAGCUGUUAAAAACAUAGAUGUAGAUACCUAUGGUAAUAUUACAGAUAUAACACAUUUUGAUACAGGGUCCCAGUCUAUAUUAACAUAUUCUACAGUCAAUGGUUAUAUCGUAGGUUGGGAUCUUAGAUCACCAGAACCAACAUGGAAACUUAAAAAUGAACCUAGAGCAGGGUUAAUAACAAGUUUUGCUGUACAUCAGACACAAUGUUGGUUAGCUGCAGGUACGAGUAAUGGAACACAUAUAUGUUGGGACAUGAGAUUUCAACUACGGAUUGGUCUAAAUACUAUACAACAUCCUGCUCAAGCGAGAGUAAGAAGAUUAAUAAUGCAUCCACAUGAACAGUCGUUGAUUUUAUCGGCACCACAGUGGAAUAAUGAAGUAUCUAUGUGGGAUGUAGAAACUGGUUCCAGACAGAAAGUAUUAUGGGCCAGUAAAUCUCCUCCCUUGUCUUUAAAUCAGACUAACAAUCACGCUAUACAUGGAAUGCACAUAGCUUCAACAGAUCAGAAAAUAUUUCUAUUAACUGCUGGUACAGAUAUGACUAUUAGAUAUUGGGACUUGGCGACGCCCUCUAAAUCUUUUAUAAUGAGUCAUCCAGCUACAGAAUAUACCAAUACAGCUGUCUCCUACCAAUCUCAGUUAAUAGAUGGUACAGAUGUAGUACAGGAAGUAUAUAACCGAAAACAGACAAGUAGCGAAGAUAUUCCACACCGAGGACCUGAAGCGCCAUCUACAGCUCAUCAUAACAUGAUAAGUGAUAUCGGUAUAUGUCAAUCAUCACAAUGUUUAGUUAUUACAGCUUCCAGGGAUGGGGUUAUUAAACUGUGGAAAUAAGUUCUCUAAAUUAUCAUGUUUUAUUUUUGUGCAUCUAGCUGCGGGAUAGGAAUUCUGGGCCCUGUUUCUCGAAAUCUUAACUAAAGAUAAAAUCCAAAUUUUAGUAGAUACUUCAAUUUUGAUUGGCUAAACACUAAAAUCAAUCUAAUAUUAUCCAAUCAAAUUACUAAAAUUUGGAUUUUAUCUUAGUUAAAAUUUCGUGAAACAGGCCUCUGAUAUGAGUAAAAGACUCAUGAGAUCACAAUGUUUAGUUAUUACAGCUUCCAGAGACGGGGUCAUUAAACUGUGGAAAUAAUUUCUCUAAAUUAUCAUGUUUUAUUUUUUUGCCAUCUUGUUACGGGAUAGGAAUUCGGAUUGACAGCUUCCAGGGAUGGGGUCAUUAAAUUAUGGAGAUAGGUUCUCUAAAUUGUCAUUUUUUAUUUUUUGUGCCCUCUUGUUGCAGGAUAGGAAUUCUGUUUUGAUUAACAAUUCGAGUUCCUGUUAGGAUCUGUAUAAUAUUGUUGUUUACACUUCAUCAGGUAUCAUGUAGUUGUGUUGUUCUAUCAGGAGUUUCUGUAUUCAGUGUUAAGUUUCAAACCAUUUGUUGGAAAAUGCGUUAAGAAUCAUCAAAAACUGUUGAGUUCCUAUUGUCACGCCUAUAAGAACUGUCAAUCCCUGUUAAUAAACAAAACCAAAUGGCACUGUCAUUUACUUUUAAUAAUACUUAAAAUACAGAUCUGACGUCACCCUUUGAUGUUGGCGUACCAUUAUUUCAAAUAAUCGUACGGGCAACUUGCCAAUCGUACAUUUUUUAUACUAGUGAAAUAUUGGACUCGCAUGACGUAUUUCAAUCUACCGGUAAAAGCACGUGCGGAGUGUCUGUAUUUUAAGUCGUUUAAUGGUCUCGAACUUAAGACAUUGCGUAAUAUAUUGUAAAAAACACUCGGUUAAAUAUAUUACUUAAUGUCUCGCCCUCGACCAUUAAACAAUACAUCACAGACUUAAAUAGUCUUCAAUCAAAGGCUAGAGUUCUCUUUUUAUUAACACAAACUGCAUUUUAAUGAUUUUCUAUUUCCGUUAAGAUUUGGUUAACAGUAUAUAUUGUGAUAUAUUUAAAUUAUGAAAUAUUAAUAUUAAGAAGUUUAUUAAAUGUGCCAAUACAUUGUUUGUUGUUAAGUAUAUUAUAAAAUGGCUUUACUAUUUAAUCCUAUUUCUGGGCUCAGUGAUAGCAUCCAUGUAACGGAGCAGGAAACCCUGUGCAAAAAAAUAAAGAUAUAUAUACCAGGGUCAAUGAGAGUUAGACAAAUUUUGCCCCGGCCCCCUCACACACCCGUGCAAUAAUUAUGUAAAAUAUAAGGUUUCUAGCUUUACCCCUGCAUAGCCUGGGUAAAGAAUCGUGAAUUGGUUCGGAGGCUCUGUGGCACAAAUUUCGACCAUGCCAACAUAAUUAUUUUUUUAGAUAUUUAUGGGCCCCGGAACAAUGUCCUGGUUGCACCCCCUUUCCAUGGGUCUGUAUAUUACUGAGGACUGUUAUUUUUGAUAAUAUACAUGUUACCACAAGGAGCCCUGAUCAUGGAUGAGGUUGAGUGAUAAUAUACAUGUUACCACAAGGAGCCCUGAACAUGGAUGAGGUUGAGUGAUAAUAUACAUGUUACCACAAGGAGCCCUGAACAUGGAUGAGGUUGAGUGAUAAUAUACACGUUACCACAAUGAGCCCUGAACAUGGAUGAGGUUCAGUGAUAAUAUACAUGUUACCACAUGGAGCCCUGAACAUGGAUGGGGUUCAGUGAUAAUAUAGAAUUACCACAAGGAGCCCUGAUCAUGGAUGAGGUUCUGUGAUAAUAUACAUAUACAUAUUACCACAGGGGGGCCUGAUCAUGGAUGAGGUUCAGUGAUGUUAUACGUAUUACCACAGGGAGCCCUGAACAUGGAUAAAUUAACUUUGUUGUACUGUAAUGUUAAUGUGAAUAUGUGGUUUGUAAUAAAGAAAAAAGCAUUUGUCAAUGUCUAUUGAAAAUAUGUAAAUAUUUUAUUAUAAAAUACCUAUUAUUAUUUAUUGUGUGUGUGUAUAUAUGAAUGUACAUGUAUUAAAUAAAUGGUUAUAAAAUACA